AAAGAAAGCUCACAAUAAUAUAAUAUUCAAUAUCGAGCCGCCAAGCUAUUCAAAACAUUCGGUUUAUAUAUAUAUAAGUCUCAUAUAUAUCUCUAUAUAGAUAGCUAUAUAGGUAGAUAGAUUUUGUAUUCAAUUAUCAAUAGAUAUUGGUAGUAAUUAAAGAAUAGUGAUCAGAUAUAUAUGGAAAACUACCAAAUGUUCUUCCCAUGUUCUUCUUCUUCUUCUUCAGCUUAUUAUAAUAAUAAUCCAUCCAUGGAUCAACAUCAUCAUCAAGCUUUUAAUAAUAACAAUAAUGUUAUUAUUUCAAAAGAUGGGUUUUUGGGAUUAGGGUCAGAUGAUCAAAAUGAUCAUAAUCAUGAUCAUCAUGAUGGUAAUAAUAAUAGCAAUGAUAAUAAUAAUAAGAAGAAAUUAUUAGGAGUGGUGAUGAAGAAGAAUAAUGAUGAUGAGAAGAAGAAUAAGAAGGUGAAGAAGCCAAAGUUUGCAUUUCAAACAAGAAGCCAAGUUGAUAUUCUUGAUGAUGGUUAUAGAUGGAGGAAGUAUGGCCAGAAGGCUGUCAAGAACAAUACAUUUCCAAGGAGCUACUAUAGGUGUACACACCAUGGAUGUAAUGUAAAGAAGCAAGUUCAAAGGUUGACGAAAGAUGAAGGUGUUGUGGUGACCACUUACGAAGGAAUGCACACCCAUCCUAUCGAGAAGCAUACCGAUAAUUUUGAACAUAUCUUGAAUCAAAUGCACAUUUACAAUCCUAAUAAUUUCUAAUUAUCUAUAUAAAUAAAUAAAUAAAUUAUUAAUAAUAAUAAUAGCUAGCUCUCUCUCUUAAUUAAUUAAUUAAUUAAUUAGUACUUAAAUUAUUAUACACAAUCUUCUAUGUGGAAUUAAUCCAGUAUUAAUUAUUAUACGUACGUUGUAGCUAGCUAGCUAUAUAUAUAUAUAGAGAGAGAGUAAUUAAUUAUUAUUAAUUAAGAUACUAUAUAUUAAUCACUCGUAUUUAUUAGGUUUGUAAUAUUCUUUGAUUCAGGCAAUGUUUUAUUCUGCUCCGUUGGUCA